UAUAGCAGCAUAUGUGUGUUUAAGAAAACACAGGACUAAUCACAGCUUCAGUUGACCAUACAACUAAAGGCAAGAUGGCGGUGUCAUAUGUUAGCGUUGUUAUAGCAACAGUAAUUUUACCUCAUGUGACAUCAAUCAGCUCGCCCUGCAUGGAUAUGAACCCUACUAAGUAUUGCACAGCUUCUAACCUAUGGGACUGCUGGCCAUACGGACAGUGUACUGUAAAUACUAAUUUGAAGUGUACUGAUUUCAGCCAGAGUGAUUGCGUUAUAGAUUACUGCCUGAAGAAUGUGCAGUCUGGUAUUCAAGGCCUCCCCAUAAACUGCACAGCAGACGUCAUGAACGGUAACAACGGAAGGAAGAAACGUGAUGUCGCAUUGGCUGAUGAGAUGGACAUGUCGCAUGCUGAAUUGAAUACCACUGAAGAAGACUCACCAUUCAAGAGUGACCUGGAGAUGUCCUUCUGUCUAAGACCAGUUAUGGAGCUCAUGUCAUUGAUCAUCAAAUUAAGUUAGAAGAUACUAACUGGUAGUAAGAUAAUGUUCCAACUAACACAAACCUCCCCUAGUUGUGGUGACAUCAACUGGUAGUUAUGGUUACAUAAACUUGUUGUUAUGGUGACAUGCAUCUGUAGAUACAAGGACUUAGUUUUCACUUGCUCCAUGGACCUCCGUCAGAUUCCUCCUUUUGGUCUCAAGGCUCAAUAAAUUUUAUUAAAUAUGCUCAUAUAUUUAUUGAGCCUACCACAAAUGGGGACUGGAUCUGGCACGGGAUCUGUGACUUCAUCCUAUAUAUGAGUACAUGCAGUGGAUGAUUUAGAUGUGUACUUAACCUUACAGUUUAAAAACAGUCUAAAAUGAUUUUGAUUUAUGGAAAAUGUCCCUGCUAUUUGCUUUCAAUGAUCUCUAUCCCUUCUUUUAUGAGGCCGCCGUUUGUCUCCAGGAUUAAGUGGACUCUAAGAAAGGACAAAAUAAAUUUAUGAAUGUGAAUAAAGUAAUGAUUUGGAGUUUUUGUUUAAGUUGACUUCACGAGCAUGAUGCAUGACUAUGAAGCAGUUUAAACUUUGUUCAAUAAAAGUUUUGGACCUGUUUGUUAAUGCAUUUAUAAAUAGUUUGUACACUAAGAAAGAUGGCGUAUGUUGUACUAAC